CGUGCUCUAGUGCCAGGCGCGAAUGGCCUCCGGCUGCUCUGGACUGGCCGCUGUGGCCGCUCCCUGUGGGUCCUCUCUCUGUCCGGUCGCAAGCCCACUGGCAAGGCCACCGGAUAGGUAGGUGGAGAUUGCAGCUCAAGCCUCCAGCUUUCAGGAGCACUGAGGGACAAAUACACGGAUGAGACCCGGGGAUGCCUAAGAUUUGGGGGAGAAAGGACGAAAGAGAAGGGCUAGCUUCAAUGACGGGCUUGCUCCGCGAACUCUCUAGGCUGGUGGCAGCAGGGAUGUCACUGCGGGGCGACAAUAUUUCUCCGGAAGACUAACUUCACUGGCUGGAAAACUUUGUCCACGCUCUGGGCUCCGAAAGUUGCGAGCUGCCCCAGAGGUGGGGCAGACGCCGCUCUGCUGCGGGGGAGAAUCGAGGCUCUCAGCCAGCCCACGACCUUCAGAAAAUCUUAGUUUCUGUUCGGGACCUGGUUCUCAGGUGUUCUGGAGGCCGCGCCUCCCCGCCCCUGGCCCUCCCCUUGGGAUCUAGCCCCAGGCCAUCAUCCUCCUCCCUCUCGUUCCUGGGAUGCCGCAGCUAAAAGCUGGAGGCCCCAGGCUGAAUCUGCUCUCUGCUCUCCAACCUGGCUAGACUGAGCCAGGGAAGGCGAGCCCAGCGGGAGCUAUGCGCUCCUUCUGUUGCGGGAGUAGAUAAGUUUCCAUCGGAGUGUCCAGCACCGCGUUUGCUACCGGACGAGUCCCGGGGCUAGAUGGUGUCAUGGAGCCAUCCGGGGAGCAGCUGCAAAGUUCCGGGGCCCCAAGCUCUACGCCUUCCGGGGAGCCCCCACCCGUGGAGGGGCUGUCGGUCCCCGAGGUCCUCUGCGUGGAAGGUGGCAUCUCGGAGACCCCGAUCCCUGACGCUCAACUCCAGGACAUGCCCCUGUCUCCGCAGGAAGAGGCGGCUCUCUCGGAGCAGGAGGAGCUGCAGGAAUAUCGCCGCCCUCGUACACGCUCCUUCUCUUUGCCGGCCGACCCCAUCCUGCAGGCCGCCAAGCUCCUGCAGCAGCGGCAGCGGCAGCAGACCGGGCAGCCCGACGCGGAGGGUGGCGAGUUCCCGGCCGGGAACUGCUGCGCCAAGUGCAAGAAGCGCGUGCAGUUCGCAGACUCCCUGGGGUUGAGCUUGGCCAGCGUGAAGCACUUUAGUGAGGCGGAGGACCCUCAGGUGCCGCCCGCAGUGCUCUCACGUCUCCGCAGCUUCCCGUUGAGCGCCGAGGACCUGAAGCAGGUCGGGGGGUUUCUGGCGACGGCAAAGGUGCCCGCGCCCCUUUGGGUCCCUCGCGCCCAGCUCCGACCCCUCUUCCAGCUCCCGGGGCUGAGUGCUGUGGAGGAGCGUCUGCGGCGACAGCGAGUGUGUCUGGAGUCCAUGCAAUGCUCCCAGCCACCCGGUGCUGAGGUGACCGGCUCGGGCCGAGUGAUCAGCUGCCCCGGAGCCAGGGCAGUGGUGGUGCGCUAUACCUUUACCGAGUGGCGCACCUUUCUGGACGUGCCAGCUGAGCUGCAUCCUGAGUCCCUGGAGCCGCAGACUCCUAUGCCUUCGGGGCUCUCUGGACCAGGGGCUGAGGAUAGUGAGGAGGAGCCAGUCACAGAGCGUUUCUGCUUCUCGCUGGGUCUGCCACCAGGUCUGCAGCCCAAAGAAGGGGAGGAUGCUGACUCCUGCGACGUCGCUAUCCAUUUUGCCAUCUGCUACCGCUGCGAACAGGGCGAAUACUGGGAUAACAACGAGGGGGCCAACUACACCUUGCGCUAUGUGUGCUUCACAGACCCUCUCUGAGUCCUGGAGCUUUGAGAGAGGCUGACCAGCACGCGAAGUUCCAGCAAGGGCUCUCGGGGAACCUUGGCUGAGCGGCGCAGACCAGCAAGCACAGAGGGCCUGGCAAUGCUCUGACCCUCUUUCGACAGACCUUUCUACUUGCGUUCUAGAACUCGCAGCCUGUAAUGGAAUAAGAAACACCCUAGUCACCCAAGCAAACACUCUUUCUAAGAAAGGGACUUUGGGACCCUGAAUCAGGACCCGUGACCUUGUGGAUUUGUUUCUAGUGAGAUGCGGUCCUUACAGCUUGAUGAAGACCUGCAGGGUAAGACAGGGCACCCCAACUUCCCGUGGGAAAGGAAAGACUUCGCUCGUGGAAUUUUCACACCCAGGCUUGAUUCUCAGAAGGCUCUGUGGGUGCCUUUCAGCCUUUCCUUUUAACUAGGAUCUGGAGACAUCUGCCCAGACACAACGCUAUUUUCUUCUGUGAUUGGAUACAAAUGUCCUUUUAAAAAGUAAAGGCCACAUGCGCAUACUUUCA